AUGGCCAUGAACCUCAAGCAAGUGCAGAGUCUCACGUCCCUUGCCAGGCUUAACCAGCUUCUCUUGCUGGACGCACCUCCCGCACUGUUCUCACCCGCGUACGACUACGUGAGAAAAAUGAUCCAAGGCGGUGAAAUGGGCCAAGUGCUGCACAUGGAAGUUAGUGCACUAAGACGUAAUACUAAUGGUGAUAUAACAAAUGGCGACUGUCUCCUCUUGGAACAGGGCUCAGCACUGCUCCAUAUCGCGCAGUUCGUCUUCGAUGAUGAGCCACAGAAUGUCAAGGUGACGGCUGUAGGCAAGUUAUGUCAAGAACAUGACAACGCGGCAAUAACCGUUAUAUUGAAGUACACCAGAGGCCGGAGCAUCGUGCUGCACAUGCAUAACAAAGUCAAUAUGGAUAUAAAUGUCACCAUCUACGGCACUAAGAAAUAUGUUACAAUGAAUAGAACUUGGUGGGUCCCCAACGAGAUUGUUACUUACGAUGUGGACAAAGAUGAAAGUAAUGUCAAAUCGCUCCCGCUGCCCGUCCCACGAGCCGAUUACGUAUACUUGUUGAAGGAAGUGGUCAAAUGCAUCGCAAAUGAGGUGUACGAGUCGCCGCUGACAACGCACAAGGAUAUGGAGAACUGCGCUUCAUUAUUAGACGAAAUACGAAAACAAAUUGGUGUAAAAUUUGCAGAAGAUGAGGAUUAA